AUGGUCCGCCUAUCUGGAGCUGUACCUCGGGCCUUUGUGCUCCUCUCUGGGCUAGCAGCUGCUUCUUCACUGGAUAACUUUCUUCAGAAACCCCUGCAACAUCUAGGAGAUUUGAUUCGAUCCGGUAAAGAUGACGGUAUUGCUGGCGGGAAGUCCGGACAGAGAAGACCCAACGUGGUCUUCAUCUUGACUGACGAUCAGGACCUCCACAUGGGCUCACUCGACUAUAUGCCGCUCACCAAGAAGCAUAUCACCGAACAGGGGACAUUCUUCAAGCGCCAUUUCUGCACCACAGCUGUCUGCUGUCCUUCACGGGUAUCUCUGCUCACUGGGAAAUUGGCACAUAACACAAAUGUGACCGAUGUCACCCCUCCGUACGGUGGCUUUCCCAAGUUCGUCUCAGAGGGCCAUAACGACGCAUACCUUCCCGUCUUCCUCCAGGAGGCCGGUUACAAUACGUAUUACACCGGGAAGCUCUUCAAUGCUCACACGGUGGACAACUAUGCGGAUCCCUACCCCAGGGGCUGGACGUCCUCUGACUUUCUCCUGGAUCCUUAUACCUACCAGUACUUGAACGCCACUUUCCAGCGCAACCGGGACCCUCCAAUCAACCACGAGGGCGAGUAUACCACCGACGUUCUCGCCGGCAAGGCCCUUGGGCUCUUGGACGAGGCGCUUGGCAGCGACAAGCCGUUCUUCCUUGGUGUGGGCGUGACGGCACCGCACGCCCAUGUGGACCCUUUCCCUAUCGACUUGGGUCCCGGAGAGUUAAAAGCACGAGGCGAAGCUGCUACUUUCAUGAUCGGUGGUGCCGAUGGCAAGUCUGUUAUGAAGCCGCCCAUCGCAGCUGAGCGGCAUAAGCAUCUGUUCCAGGAUGUUGUUGUGCCUCGCACCGAGAAUUUCAACCCGGACAAGGAGUCGGGGGCAAGCUGGAUCCGGCAACAGCCCAAGCAGCCCGAGGCCAACGUUGCGUUCAAUGACCACUUCUACCGUCAGCGUCUGCGGGCGCUACAGGCCGUGGAUGAGCUCGUCGACAGCGUCUUCGAGAAGCUGGAGGCUGCUGGCAUCCUGGACAACACCUACGUCUUUUAUUCCGCAGACAACGGUUACCACAUUGGUCAGCACCGGCUGCAGCCCGGAAAGGAGUGUGGGUACGAAGAAGACGUGAACAUUCCGCUCAUCGUGCGUGGCCCUGGUGUGCCGGCUGGCCAAGUCUCUGAGAUUGUCACGACGCACACAGACUUGCUUCCGACCUUUCUCAAUCUGGCCCAAGCAGAUCAUCCCUCUUCUGAAUUCGAUGGAGUCUUCGUCCCGCUCACGGAGCAAGGUCUGGAGGACGCGAAAGAGACGAGACACGAGCACGUCACUGUAGAAUACUGGGGCAUUUCUCUCUCUGAAGGCGCGUGGGGUCAGUUUGGCUCAAACGAAACAUUCUGGAUCACCAACAACACCUACAAAUCGCUCCGAGUGAUAUCCAAAGAGUACAACCUCUACUACUCUGUAUGGUGCAGCAAUGAGCACGAGCUGUACGAUCUGAAUACCGACCCAGGGCAACUGAACAACCUGCUCCACCCAGAUACCAAGAGCCCUUCUACGCUCUUGGGUCAUUCUGUCGACACCAUUGUCUCGAGGCUAGAUGCGUUGUUGUUUGUGACCAAGUCUUGCAAGGGCAGCACCUGUACUCGACCCUGGCAAGCCCUCCAUCCCCAGGGGAAUGUUGGUUCGCUCAGAGAUGCGCUGUCGCCCAGAUUCGAUGCUUUUUACAAACAGCAACCCUCGAUCAAAUACUCUCGAUGUGAACCAGGUUACAUCGUCGAAGCUGAAGGCCCGCAGUUUGAGAAACACGGUUAUGCCUACUGGAAGGGCACACGAUGGAGCGAUUGGACCUAG